AUGGUCGAAGAAAACGCCCACCACAUCGUUGCCAUUGAGGCCGUCCAUUGCACGAUCCCGGAAUUCGAUCUCCCGGUACCGCACACUCGGGCCGUCCACCGAUGGACCAAUCCUGCCGACAUACCCAACCGCAUCAAAGAUGCCACAAUCGUCAUCACCACCACAAUCCGCCUGUCGGCGGAGGUUCUCAGUGCAGAAGUCACGCCCAGAUUGCGCCUGAUCAUGAUCAUGGCGACCGGCACCGACUGCGUUGACAUCGCAGCCGCCACAGCCCGCGGAAUCACCGUCUGCCACUGUCCCGGCAGCAAUAUCGACAGCGUCAGCGAACACGCCAUCGGCCUGUACUUUGCCACGCGCCGCAAGUUCGUCGAGCUGCACAAUGCCACCAUCGCGGUGCCCGCAGAUCCCGCACUCGACACCGAGUGGAAGACCAAUGGCUCGCUACUUAGUCGGGUGCGCGCACCGGAUGGAAAGGCCCCGUUAUUGUGUAGUGACGAGACGGUGUGUAUUGUGGGGUAUGGAUCGCUGGGCAAGCGCAUCGAGGUCUUGGCAAAGGGCCUCGGGAUGAAUGUGAUUAUUGCGGAGCGGAAGGGCGUGGCUCCUCGGGCCGGUCGGUUUUUGUUCGAGGAUGCUUUGAAACGAUCCACUGUGGUUGUUUUGUGUUUGCCGCGGACUUCGGAGACUGUUAAUAUGAUCUCCACUGCGGAGUUGCAGAUCAUGUCUCCGUAUGCGGUGUUGAUCAAUGUUGCUCGUGGUGGGAUUGUGGAUGAGCAGGCGCUGGUGGAUGGUCUCAAGCGUGGGCUUAUCGCGGGUGCCGCGACGGAUGUUCAUACUGUUGAACCCGCUGGUAGAGGCGAUUCACCGUUGUUGAGCCCUGAAGCAGCGGGUUUGAAUUUGGUUCUGACUCCCCAUCUUGCUUGGUAUGCCGAGAGGACGUUGGAAAACCUUUCGGCUUCUGUGAAGAACGCGACAGAGAAGUGGUUCGCUGGUGAGAUCAUUAAUCAGGUGCUAUGA